UCCCAUAACACCGGGAUCACGCCCUGAGCCGAAGGCAGACGCUCAACGGCUGUGCCACCCAGGCGCCCCGGAGAGAAUUUCUUGUAUCCUCCUUGCCAUCAUCAUUAUCAUCAUCAUUGGAGAACUUGAACUUGGUCUUCAAAUCCUACCUCAUCCUCCAUUCACCUUCUCUUGGAACUGCCCAGCCUUCAGAGCCUCCCUGGUGAAUUUGUUCAGUCAUGGUCCCUGUUGGGGUUCCAGGUGGUGGGUGGCAGUGUGAUCAGAGUGCCUUAACUCAGCCUCUUUGAAUCUGUGGAUUCCAUCUGGAAAAAAGCUAGAGAGGCAAGCCCCAUCCCUCCGAGGGCUUCGUCACCUGCUUCCCGCUCUCUUAGAGAGAAGGAACAGCCAGCCCUCUCAACAGUGGCUCCGAAAAGAGAAAAGGAGCAGAGAAAGAGAAGGGGAGAUGAGGGUGGGAGGUGGGCAGGGGUACAUAUGCGGGUGGGAGUGGAAGGGGUGGAAGGAGAGAGAAUUCCCUCUCACCAAACAAAAGACUGGGAUGGGGGACCUGCUGAGCAGAGAGGAGGAGAAACAGCUGGACACCAGGAAGAAGAGAAGUCUGAUUGGCCACAUGCCCUUGGCCAGCUCCCCGCCUUUUUACCCUGGCCCACUGCAGAACACCUUUCCACCAGAGUCCCCACUUCUCUGGAAGCUGUGAGGCUCCGUUCUGAAACAAGAGACUGGACGCUGAGCCGAUUCAGCCCCCUCCUCAUUUCUGCGGCCGCCUCCUCCCAGGGCCCCCAUGAAGCUCCUGGCUUUCCUGAGCCUUCUGCCCCUGGUGCUGCUGGAGGCAGGGACAGCUUCUCUCCCCAAGGAGAGGAAGAGGAGAGAUCAGACGCUCGGGGAAGACGAUUCUUAUGCAGUCCUGGGUGACUAUGUCCUGGGCCUGGACAACUAUGAUGAGGUCAUUGACUUGAGCGACUAUGAGGGGCUCAUGGACUAUGGGGACCAGCUCCCCAAGGUUAAAGUGGCCACCCUAGCUGCUCCAACCGAGAUCACUUCCCCUCAGAGCACAGGGACUCCAAGGACACUCUCUUCAAAGCCCACGAUGACCCGGCCUACGACCCUGGGCCUCCUGGACUCCCCAAGCAGCCACGGCCUGCCCACCUGUCUGGUCUGCGUGUGCCUUGGUUCCUCCGUGUACUGUGACGAAGCUGACCUAGAAAGCAUCCCUCCUCUUCCCAAGACCACCGCUUACCUGUACGCCCGCUUCAACCGCAUCCGCCAGAUCCGAGCCAGAGACUUCGAAGGGCUGACAAAACUGAAGAGGAUUGACCUUUCCAGCAAUUCCAUCUCCUCCAUUGACGAUGACGCCCUCCGCCUGCUGCAUGUUCUGCGGGAGCUGAUCCUCCCCGAGAACCAGCUGACGGCCCUGCCUGUGCUGCCCCCCGCCAUCGAGGUCCUGGACGUCCGCCUGAACCGGCUCCAGAGCUCAGGGAUACAGCCUGGAGCCUUCAGGGCGCUAGAGAAACUGCAGUCCCUCUACCUGGCUGACAACCUUCUGGACUCCAUCCCCGGGCCUCUGCCCGCCAGCCUGCGCUCGCUGCACCUGCAGAAUAACAUGAUAGAGACCAUGCAGAGUGAUGCUUUCUGCGACACCGAGGAGCACAAACACAGCCGGAGGCGGCUGGAAGACAUCCGCCUGGACGGCAAUCCCAUCAACCUGGGCCUCUUCCCCAGCGCCUACUUCUGCCUGCCUCGGCUGCCCACCGGCCGCUGCUGCUAGCUCGCCUGCUCCCUGCUGCCCUGGGCCCUCGCUGCCUCCCAGGGGCGCGGCUGCCUUUGCACGUGGCUUUUCGUUCAGUCCCGAAUCAACCCCCAGAUUCAAUUGCAGAACUCACCCCUACCCCCUCUGCCGCCUUCUACAUGCACGUGUGUGCGCACACACACACACACGCAAGCACACUGACACACAGAGACAUGC